GGAGGAGGAGGAGACCUGGGAGGAGGAAGAGGGGGAGGAGGCGAGGGAGGCGGGAGACCGAGCGCCUCUCGCAUUCGCACUCAGUAGCGCAGCCCGAGAGUACCCGCUCGCUCACGCCGCGCCGCGCGCUUUUCCGCUCCUUACGGCCCCCCAUUGUUCUCCCAGGACGCCUGGGUCCCCGGGGUGGAACUCGGGCCUGAGCCGGGGAGGGGAGAAACUUGGCUUUGGCCGAGGGUCGGCGGUUGGGGGCCGGGCCCCUCCCGGGGCUCCCCUCCCCCACGGCACUUUUGGGGGGUGCGGAUUAGGUCAUCCCCGCAGGGAGGUGGGAGCGCGCACUCCGGUCUCCCGGCGGCGCCGGCCCGCGCGCGGCAGCCCCGCAGGAUGAGGUGGUGCCGGCCGCUCCCGGCCCUGGCGCGGCCGCUGCGGCGGCGGGUGCUGGGGGGGCGCUGAGGGAGCCCCCGGCGCGGCGCGCGGACGCGCUUCUCCCCGCCGCCGGGCCGCGAGGCUUUUCUCCAGCCGGGAGGACGCGGCUGUGACUCGAAGAAGCACUGGAAGAGAGAUGCAAGUAUUUGAAGAAAUUGGCAGGAACAGAAGAAAAUUAGGUACUGUGGAUUAUCUUGAAGGGAAGGAAGAUACUAAUUUGGACCUUGUGUGGACAGUAAUGACCUCACGUUUCCGUUUGCCUGCUGGCAGAACCUACAAUGUACGAGCAUCAGAGUUGGCCCGAGACAGACAGCAUACAGAGGUGGAUUGCAACAUUUUUCUUCUGGAUAACACUGUACAAGUUUUCAAAGUUAGUAAACAUGAUCAAGGGCAAGUUCUGUUGGAUAUAGUCUUCAAACAUCUUGAUUUGACUGAGCGUGACUAUUUUGGUUUACAGUUGGCUGAUGAUUCCACAGAUAACCCAAGGUGGCUGGAUCCAAACAAACCAAUAAGGAAGCAGUUAAAGAAACUGCUUUCAUUAAUUCUAGGAGGAUCUCCUUACAGUUUGAACUUCAGAGUCAAAUUUUUUGUAAGUGACCCCAACAAGUUACAAGAAGAAUACACAAGGUACCAGUAUUUUUUGCAAAUUAAACAAGACAUUCUUACUGGAAGAUUGCCCUGUCCUUAUAAUACUGCUGCCCUUUUGGCUUCAUUUGCUGUUCAGUCUGAACUUGGAGACUACAACCAGUCAGAAAACUUGCCAGGCUACCUCUCAGAUUAUUCUUUCAUUCCUAAUCAACCUCAAGAGUUUGAAAAAGAAAUUGCAAAAUUACAUCAGCAACAUACAGGCUUAUCUCCUGCAGAAGCAGAAUUUAAUUACCUGAACACAGCACGUACCUUAGAACUCUAUGGAGUUGAAUUCCACUAUGCAAGGGAUCAAAGUAACAAUGAAAUUAUGAUUGGAGUGAUGUCAGGAGGAAUUCUGAUUUAUAAGAACAGGGUACGAAUGAAUACCUUUCCAUGGUUGAAGAUUGUAAAAAUUUCGUUUAAGUGCAAACAGUUUUUUAUUCAACUUAGAAAAGAAUUGCAUGAUUCCAGAGAAACCUUAUUGGGAUUUAAUAUGGUGAACUACAGAGCAUGCAAAAAUUUGUGGAAAGCUUGUGUAGAACAUCACACCUUCUUCCGUUUGGACAGACCCCUUCCACCUCAAAAGAAUUUUUUUGCACAUUAUUUUACAUUAGGUUCAAAAUUCCGGUACUGUGGGAGAACUGAAGUCCAGUCAGUUCAGUAUGGCAAAGAAAAAGCAAAUAAGGACAGGGUAUUUGCAAGAUCCCCAAGUAAACCCUUGGCACGAAAAUUAAUGGAUUGGGAAGUAGUAAGCAGAAAUUCAGUAUCUGAUGACAGGUUGGAAACACAAAGCCUUCCAUCACGAUCUCCGCCUGGGACGCCUAAUCAUCGAAAUUCUGCAUUCACACAAGAGGGACCCCGGUUACGACCAUCUUCAGUUGGUCAUUUGGUAGACCGUGUGGUUCACACUUCCCCAAGCGAAGUAUUUGUGAAUCACAGAUCUCCAUCUUCAACACAAGCUAACAGCAUCAUUCUGGAAUCAUCACCAUCACAAGAGACCCCUGGGGAUGGGCAGCCUCCAGCUUUACCGCCCAAACAAUCGAAGAAAAACAGCUGGAACCAGAUGUAUUAUUCACAUUCGCAACAAGAUCUGGAAAACCAUAUUAACGAGGCAUUUGAUGUUCCAUCUUCCCCUGAAAAAUCUACUACACAUCAAAAAGAAAGAAGAAUCCUUACCAAAAAUGGCAACUUUAGUGUUACCUCUGUGCCUAAUGGUGGUAUUCCACAUGAUCAUCUUGUUCUAAUCAGAAUGAAACCUGACGAAAAUGGAAGAUUUGGAUUCAAUGUAAAGGGAGGAUUUGAUCAGAAGAUGCCUGUGAUCGUGUCCCGAGUAGCACCAGGAACACCUGCUGACCUCUGUGUCCCUCGAUUGAAUGAAGGGGACCAAGUUGUACUGAUCAAUGGUCGGGACAUUGCAGAACAUACCCAUGACCAGGUUGUCCUGUUUAUUAAAGCUAGCUGUGAGAGACAUUCUGGGGAACUCGUACUUCUAGUCCGACCUAAUGCUGUCUAUGAUGUAGUGGAAGAAAAGCUAGAAACUGAGCCAGACUUCCAGUACAUUCCUGAAAAAGCCCCACUAGAUAGCGUCCAUCAGGAUGAUCAUUCCCUGCGAGAGUCAAUGAUCCAGCUAGCUGAGGGGCUUAUCACGGGAACAGUCCUGACACAAUUUGAUCAACUAUAUCGGAAAAAACCUGGAAUGACAAUGUCUUGUGCCAAAUUACCUCAGAAUAUUUCCAAAAAUAGAUACAGAGAUAUUUCGCCUUAUGAUGCUACACGGGUCAUUUUAAAGGGUAAUGAAGAUUAUAUCAAUGCAAAUUAUAUAAAUAUGGAAAUUCCUUCUUCUAGCAUUAUAAAUCAGUACAUUGCUUGCCAAGGGCCGUUACCACACACUUGUACAGAUUUUUGGCAGAUGACUUGGGAACAAGGCUCCUCCAUGGUUGUAAUGUUGACCACACAAGUUGAACGUGGCAGAGUGAAGUGCCACCAGUAUUGGCCAGAGCCCACAGGAAGUUCAUCCUAUGGAUGCUACCAAGUCACCUGCCACUCGGAAGAAGGAAAUACUGCAUAUAUCUUCAGGAAGAUGACACUAUUUAACCAAGAGAAAAAUGAGAGUCGUCAACUUACUCAGAUCCAGUACACAGCCUGGCCUGACCAUGGUGUCCCUGAUGAUUCCAGUGACUUUCUGGAUUUUGUUUGUCACGUACGAAAUAAGAGGGCCGGCAAGGAAGAACCUGUUGUUGUUCAUUGCAGUGCUGGGAUUGGAAGAACUGGGGUUCUGAUUACUAUGGAAACAGCCAUGUGUCUCAUUGAAUGCAACCAACCAGUUUAUCCACUAGACAUUGUAAGAACAAUGAGAGAUCAACGAGCCAUGAUGAUCCAGACACCUAGUCAAUACAGAUUUGUAUGUGAAGCUAUUUUGAAAGUUUAUGAAGAAGGAUUUGUUAGACCCUUAAAGACAUCAUCAAAUAAAUAAGAAAGCAAAAAAUCUGGGAUAUGUGUUAGAAAACUGCUUUCCAAUUAUAUUCACUGUGCCAUAAUACUGCUUGCAGGAAAUGGCAUCUAAACAAAAAAUGAAGAACUGACAAAAACUGAAAACUUCAGCACUGUUGCACUUUAUGUUUAAAAAAAAAUCAUUCUCAAAACCUAUAAUUCAUGUGUUUAAAGACUAUUUCAUGCUUUGUCUCGAACAAAUAGUGAAUAACUGAAUAUGUUCAGGGUAACUUAUGAAAUUUUGUAGUGGUGCCAUGCAGUCCCCUACCAGAAGAAUUGCCACAAACAAGGCUCAGAAUUCUCAUCAUCUCUGUUACACCUGUACUUUGAAAGCAAAAAGAAGUAAACAUCAGGAGUCAGCUCUGGUGUUUGCAGUGAUUCAUGUACUUACUAUAUUACUUGAUUACCAGAUUUUAUUUUUUAAAUUUUAGCAAUAUCAUUUUCAAUAUUAGCCAAUACACUGCCUAUGGAUGCAGCACAUCUUUCCCUACACUCCCCCUGUAGAGACCUGCUGUUCAUAAGAAGAAAGGUGGAAUUGCUUUUCCCAGGAAAUGCUGCACAUUGUCCAUUUACCAGCAUCUUACAGAAAGUAUAAAUAUGAAUCUACAGAUUUUCUUGAAUUUAAUAAUGUAACAUAUUUACCUUAAAGUUGGCUUAUUCCAAAUCAUGUGAUUUCAUGUACUUGAUAUAAAGGAAUGCAUGUAUUAUGUCUUAACCCCGUAAGUGCCUUGAGACAUCUGUGUAUGUCUAAUGAAUAGGCACUCAUUUGACCCACUAGGAGGUAUGUAUGUAUACUGUACACUUACAUUUUUAUGCAUUUUUAAUCAGUUCACAUUUGCAAAUAACUUCCUGUAUUGAGACUUAUGCAGUCAAAGAAGGGUAAGGAAAUUCUGUUUCUUACUCAGGCCCUGUAUUUUGUCACAGGAAGCAAAGGUAAUUAGUGUUCUUCUGAGUGAGAGCUCUGCUGCUAUGGAAUUGUUUAAAUCUGCACAUUCCGUUCCUGAAAGACAGGGUUACAGGUUAGCAGCUCAAGUUAAAAGAUGCUUUAUUCUCCAAAUUUAUAUUUAUUUUAUCCCUUGCUUUACAAAUGUCAUCUAAUAUGCACAUUAAAGUUAAACAUACUGAUACUCUAAGCUAGAGUUAGACCAGUUAGUUGUGGCUUAUUACUAAUGGAAUUAUUACUCUUCAGCAUUCAUUUCAGUUCAUACCACAUUUUGUUCACACUAGUCUAUUAGUCAGGAUACUUCAAACAAGGAAUGAAACAUUGUUGACUUGUUUCAAAGUAUAAUCCCUCAGUAACUGAAAUGAAAUGAAAUCCCUCAAUAACUGAAAUGAGGGUUUUUCUGGUCAUUUUUGUAUACCGUUAAGUUACUCCAAUUUACAUGUACUUAUGAGGUUAUAAGCAUGUUACUUCAUGGAGACUGUUGGCUGUCCUGCCUGAUGGAGGAUCUGAUGCCCUUUAAGGACUUGAAUAUUUUCCUUUUCAGGUUUUUUUAUUUUAAUUUUUAAGUCUACAGGGAUAUAGAACUUUAAAAUUGCCCUGUUUUAAUAUAAGUGGAAAUUUGCUCACCUAUUGAAAUGUUAUAAUUACACAAUUAUUUUAUAUGGAUUAUUGUUGAAAUUUACUUUUACUGGUGUUUUCUGAAUAUUUCAGAAUAGUAUUGAUAAAAUUUAGGGUUGAAUGGUGGAUAUUUUGGAAUGCCAUUUAGUAUGAGGAGGGAAAUGUACAUUUUAAAAUCUUCAGUAUAAUCUAAAUGAUGUUCUUUCAGAUAGUCAAAAUCCAUAGUAAUCAAUUUUAGGAAGUUAAGUCCUAAUCAUUAAUAGCCAAGAUACCAAAUAAAUUAUUAUUAAAAUAUUUUAAGUUUUCUAAAAAGAAUAGUAAACAUAGCCAGUAUGUCUAAGAGAAAUUCUCUUAUCUAUUUCUGAAUUUCAUAAUCAAGACAGUAUAAGAGUAAAUAAGCUGUAGUUUUAUUUGAACAUUCCAUUCUCUGCCAACAGAUAAAUGUAAUAUAGGCUGCUCUAUGACAUGAUGACCAGCUGAAAAGUGAAAUCAUGUUCAGGUCUACAUAAUUAAAAACUGGGAAGUUUUUCACAUGAAUUAAAAAGAAAAUUGGUCUGUUCUAUGUGGAUAGAAGAUGAUAACCACAGAUUUAAAAACAAAAGAUACAGUUGUAUAGAGAUAAACAGAUAAGUGACAUGGUUGGCAUGUUCUUUAGGGCUUAAUGUUUACACUUCUGAGAUUAGCUAAUAAUUGUUGGCAGUGAGCACUGCUGCCUUUUUUAACCGUUAAGGCCAGUCUGUAAAUCCCACAUAUAUCAAUUGUUCAUCUGAGAGGUGUUCUCGGUCAGUAUUGUUAUGUAAAAAAGGUUCUUCUUUAAAGGCAUAUUUAUUGGGGUCUUAAAUUUAAAAAUAUGCUAAUUAUGCUUCCCUGUUCACUCAACAGAUAAGACAUUAUCCAUUACACCUAAGAAUUUUUUAACCUGUUUAUUGAUCUAUGUAGGGUUCUAGAAUUAUCCUAGCUUUGGUACACCAAGUAGGUCUAGAUUUCACUCAUAUCAUGUAACAUCAAGUGAUAAAAAUGCCAGAUUACUUAUAUCUAAACUACUCUCCCCUUCCACUCCCCACCC